GGAUUCCCAACGGGCUGGACAAUUGUCCGAAGGUACCCAACCCGCUGCAGACUGACCGUGAUGAAGAUGGCGUUGGGGACGCUUGCGACAGCUGUCCGGAACUGAGCAACCCAACUCAGACAGACAUGGACAGUGAUCUGGUGGGAGAUGCUUGCGACACAAAUGAGGACAGAGACGGUGAUGGUCACCAAGACACGAAAGACAAUUGUGCAGAGAUUCCUAACAGCUCGCAGCUGGAUUCGGAUAACGACGGGCAGGGCGACGAUUGCGAUAAUGAUGAUGACAAUGAUGGGAUCCCUGACUAUCUGCCUCCGGGGCCCGACAACUGCCGCUUGAUUGCUAAUCCCAACCAGAAAGACGUGGACGGCAACGGCGUGGGAGACGCCUGCGAGGAGGAUUUUGACAAUGACACGGUGGCCGAUCCGAUGGACGUGUGUCCGGAGAGUUCUGAAGUGACGCUGACCGACUUCCGGGCCUACCAGACGGUCAUCUUGGAUCCGGAGGGAGAUGCUCAAAUUGACCCCAACUGGGUGGUCCUCAACCAGGGCAUGGAGAUUGUCCAAACCAUGAACAGCGAUCCAGGCUUGGCUGUAGGAUACACGGCGUUCAACGGGGUGGACUUCGAAGGCACUUUCCACGUCAACACCGUGACCGAUGACGAUUACGCUGGCUUCAUCUUUGCCUACCAAGACAGCGCCAGUUUUUACGUGGUCAUGUGGAAGCAAACCGAACAGACCUACUGGCAGGCCACGCCCUUCCGGGCCGUGGCUGAGCCCAGCCUGCAGCUCAAGGCAGUGAAAUCGGAAACGGGUCCCGGCGAGUAUCUCCGCAACGCCCUGUGGCACACGGGCCACACGCCCGGCCACGUCAAGCUGCUCUGGAAGGAUCCUCGGAAUGUGGGAUGGAAGGAUAAAACCUCUUACCGCUGGCGCCUCUUACACAGACCUCAAGUGGGGUACAUCCGGUGA